CAUAAACAAAACAGUAGGCCUACGACAAGAGUUUAGGAAUUUUUUCAACGAAUUUAAUGCCCGAAUUAGUUGUGAAAUACCAAAAUGAGUUUUAGUAGGAGUAAGAGUGCUGGAUCUGUUUUAGCUAGAUCUCCUCCCAUUUUAGAAAGAAUAUUCUCAUAUUUAGAUGGCCGGGAUUUGGAUAGCUGCACAAUGGUUUGCACCUCUUGGAAGACAAUGACUGAAAUUGAAAAAAAGCGCCGCAAAGAAUUUAGAUUGUUCUUUGAGGCUCCUCAUGGUAGAAAUGUAGAAUCUUUGACUGGCGCAAGUUGCUCAGUUGUCUUUGAUCAAUAUGUUAACAUAGAAGAUGACUUUAGAAAACAAUUGAUGAAUAUCCGGACACAUCCUUACUUUUGCUUCCUGUUUGUUACUUCGAAUACUGUGGACAAUUUUACAAAACUUUUUCCAAGUUUUACUUAUCCUAGACCUUUGUUCAAGAAGAGUCGACCCGAUGGUGUUGUUGCGAGACGAAAUUAUUUAAAAGCAGUCACACAAACAACCGUGAAGCAGCAUCUGCCUGUGAAUUGUGACGUGGCUCUUAGCGUGUCUUCAGGCAUCAUUGGAUGGCGACAAGGCGACAGUCCUUUGGACGUUGAAUCGGGAGCAGGAAUAACUGGCCUUAUACUGCCCAAAAUUCCUGGGCUAUCUAUACAUCGCUUUGCUGUCGAUGGCCAACAUUGGAAAAUAACGGAAAAGAUUCCUAGGAAUACGCCCAUCAAGUGUUUAUUACUGUUUUUAACUUAUAGAGGAACUGAUAUUAUAGAUAAAAUAAUACAAUCCUGUCUGCAUAGGGAAGGUUGCAGACUUGCAAUUGGUGGAACAAUCACUGAUCGAACUGAAUCAUUGCUGGGCACAGUUGUUGCUUUUUGUGGUCCAAAUAUUGAAGCAGCAUCUGUUAUACUAAAGCCGGAUGACAAGAAACCGGACGUUGAACGAAAAUUGCAACGCUUUACAGAUUCUGGUUUGCUAAAAAACAAAUGCAUUGCAUUCAUGUUUGCAUGUGUGGCUCGAGGUCGGCAUUAUUAUCGCGAAUCCAACGUUGAAAGUUCUAUCUUUAACCGCUUGUAUCCUAAUGUUCCUUUGAUUGGAACAUUUGGAAAUGGAGAAAUUGGACAUAAUUUCUUACCUCAUUUACCAACUGUGCAUAAAUUUCAACAGAAGGCUUUUAUACGUCCAAGAUGUACUAAGAAGUUUCUGCACAGUUAUACUACAGUUUUUGUGAUGGUUUCUUUUAAAAUGAAUUGACGCAAUCCAAUGUGGGAUAGCCAAAAUGUUUUAUUUUCUGGGAGAGAAUUUGGAUUUAUACCAACUUUAAUGUGUACAUAUAAAGAUGGGUGAGUAUGGUUCAGUGUCCAUGGUUCUGGAUAGACCCCCCCCCCCCCCCGCCCCUCCCGGUGAGUCUGUGGCUCAAUCAUCAUGAUGAAUAUAUGUUUGUUGAAUUAUCCAUAUGUGGAUUGUCAAUAUUUGGUUCCAACUUCCAGUAAGAUAAUAUGAAGAAUAAAUUCAAUAGAAUAACAAUUAAACUCUUUAAAAAAUAAAAAAGCUUAGUUUGUAAACUCUAAAAAUAAAUUCGUAACUGAAAAUUUUUGCUCAAGAUCUCAAAAGAAGUUUUCUUUUCUUUUGUAUGUCAUGAAAAUAGUCAAUUUAGAUGAGGUAUCGGCUCAGAAAAAGAAAGGAAUCCUGGUGAUUUCUUUCUUUUUCUUUUUUUUUUAAAUUAAUACUUUGAUUUUAUUUCCACUCUGAUUCAAGAAAUUUUUUACUUGAGAACAAUAAUUUACUAUGGAAUUUGUUUGAAAACAAACAUUGUUAGUUUGUUGCUGUGUUAGUUUAUAUUUUCUUCAUUUGUAUUGUCACACAUUAUCAUACAUAAUAAUAGAUAUCAUUUAUCACAAACAUAUAAAUAUACUGAAUAGUUACUCUCAUUGAAUCAAAUUAUACAAAAGAUAGAACCUGCCAUUGUUGUUUCUAUCAUGUUUCUGUUUCCUAUAGUUGAAUGGUUUUUGUACACUUGUUGGUUUUAUUCUAAGCUUUUACUUUUAGAAUUACAAGCAGUCUGCUGCAGCAAUAUCUUUGAAAUAUUCUGAACACAAGUUCAUAAAAGUGCUGAGAUAUAUUAUCAGUCAGUUUUUUAUGUUAUUUUUAUUAUUAUUCUUUUUUUUUAUCAGUGGAUUCCAGCAGUGCUUGAGAAAGAUGCCUUGCUAUAUUUUUGAAUGUAUACUAGCUUAUAUUUGCAUGUACAUUUGGAUUUUUAUAUGGCUGUAAGCUGUAAUUUCAUUUAUGUUCGUGAUUCUGAAAUUUAUGAAGCGAACUUAUGCUUCAGGUCUUGCUGUAAAGUUUUUGAUUCUUGUAAAUAAAAAAAUAUGUUUUUUGCCUAA